AUGAGACCCCUCAAGAGACCCCCGGUGUCCCCGGGUGGAGGACGAGGUGGUGGAGCUAGACCCUGUGUGAUCUGCGUUCUGCCCAAGGAGAAGGGCAGCUGCUUGGACGGGGUUGUAAAAUGGUUCCUGGUGAUCCGAGGAUCGCUGGUGUCGUCGUGUGCCAGGGUAGCGGAAUAUCGUGUCAAACCUGGGGAAUACUGCAGAGAUUCUACAGAUUGUAUUCAAGGACUAGAGUGUGAGGAAUUUAAAUGCAGGUGUCCCAUUAAUUGUUGGUAUGACCAAAGAAGAGAAGUUUGUGACUGUGGGAAGGUUGAAUCAGAGAUGGGACCAGUUAUUCUUGGGAUUUUUCUUGGCUUGUUUGUAAUUAUAUUCUGGUGUCGUAGAAUCAAGAGAACCAUAAGGAAACACAAGGAAAAGAUGAGACAGUUUUCAUCUCUCCCAGCAGAUGAUAAUGAGCGUGUGCCACCUUCAUAUGCACUCUCACCUGUCCGCUCUUCCAUCCAAACUGAUACAACAGUUGAUGACACUGCUUCACCUGCCAGCAGAACAGCUGGCACUCCUAUUACAGAAGACACUGGCACUUCAGCAACCUAUUCCUCAAAUCCCCCAACAGCACUAAACAAUCUUGUAAACCCUGAAUCAGAUAAGCCCCCAUCAUAUGUAGAAAUUAUUUCGUCACCCCCCCCAUCAUAUAUAGAAGUUAUUUCUUCACCCCUGUAUAACCCUGAUCCAAAAAGCCAGCCUGUCACCAUCAUACCAAAUACUCAAUAUCCCAAUUCCCACAUCCCUUUGUCUAGUAGCACUCAGCAGUCCUCUAGUCCAUCACACUCUCUUUCAGGAAGACCACAUUCCUGUAGUUCCUCACCUGAACCACAUCACAGUAGUCCCUUAGCAACACCACAUUCUGGUAGUCCUGAUGCAACACUGUAUCCUGGUAGUCCUGAUGCACUGCUUAAUUCUUCAGCCCCAGCUGGUGCUGCCAGUUCUUCGUCUCCAUCACAUUCCGUCCCUGAAGCACCACCAGCUUACAAUUCAUGCUUUAAUAAGGACAGUGCUCCAGAUACGUGACAAGGACAGUAAAUUGAAUUACUAAACUAGUAAUUCAACUAGUUUGGCCGAAGUGCACGGCAAACUUUUUUUCAGCAAAGACUUUUCUGCAGUGGCAAGUUUGCAGGGAAGAAUUUGUACAAGAACAUCAUCAUAAGGUUGUGAUGAUCCCAAUAUUUCUCCACUCUUAACUUGUUGAUACUGGCAGUACAUGUAUAUCUGCAAUAUACAGUAAGUGCAUUUAGUAGGCAUCAUUGGGUUGAUUCAUACCCACGUGUUGCUUUAAGACAGUAGAUUAUGGUACAGAUUGUUAUUAUUAUUAUUAUUAUUGUUAUAUAUGUUUUUCUUUUUUUCUUUCUUUUUCAUUUUUUACUUGUUAUUGUGUCCAGUAUUUUGCCAUCAUUCUUUUCAUUUCAGUAAAAUUGAAAGGGCAAAAAAAUUAGAAUCUCCAAAAACACAUGAAUAGUUAUUUAUGUGUGAAUACUAUAUAGUCUGUCUAUUAUUGGAGUUGUGAUUAAUGUUAAGCGUGAUUAAAAGCUUGAUGUUGUACAUGUCACUCCUAAUAGUUUUCUCUGAGACAAUUCAUCACCAAAAGUAGGAUAUUCUUCAAUUUGAAAACUGCCAUCAUUGAGCUGUAGCUCAAAGAAUAAUAAAAAUUGCAAUGAAAAUUGCUAAAGAAUUAAGUGAGGAGAAUUGCUUUGAAUGUUCAAAGUUUUCCAAAUUUUACAACCUCCAGUGCUUCAGUUCAGAGGUUGUUAUGAUGAAUUACAGUAGAAAUCUCAUUAUCUGGGUUAAAUGAUUUAAUAUAAGUGAUAUUAUGUGUUGGUUAUGGCUGUGGAAGUAAGGUGGAGGGGGUGGAUCCUGUGACAGGGAAAUAUUUUCUCCUCUCUUAUGCUUUCCUUGUAGCAGAUGCAGCUUUUUAAUCACUUUUUUUUAUGUCCUGUAACUUGUUUUAGGCAUUUUUGCAGACCGCAUUAUAAUGGUAGUGAUGAGAACACAGUAUAGCACAGAGCUGUCAAACACAUACAUUGUCCCUUACAUUUAUGUGGAAACUGUGUGGGUUUGCAGCAGUAUUAUGCUUUGGGCAGGGCAUGAGGAAAUAUGGGAGUACAUAUUUCAAAGCCUACUUUUUAUGAAAAAAGUAAUAGAAGAAUAAAUCUGUUCUAUGUUCUUGGCACGCCAAUGAAGGCAGACUGAAUAGGAUUAAAAUAUAUUAGGCAGAUGUUAGAAAUACAUGUACUUACAUGAUGGCAUA